CUCGCGCGCCCUGAGCCCUGCCGCGCGCCGUAGCGGUGUUGCCAUAGCGACCGAAGCGGCGCGGCCUGGUCUUGAAAAGCGGCGAGGCGACACCUUAGCCCGGCUUGUAGUAGCCGAAGAGUCCCUCGGCGCUAUGUCGUUCCGCGACCUCCGGAAUUUUACUGAGAUGAUGAGGGCUCUCGGCUAUCCACGGCUCAUCUCGAUGGAAAAUUUUCGCACUCCAAACUUCAUGCUGGUUUCAGAAAUACUCCUUUGGCUGGUGAAAAGAUAUGAGCCUCAGACUGACAUCCCUUCAGAUGUUGAGACGGAGCAGGAUCGAGUUUUUUUUAUCAAAGCAGUUGCUCAAUUCAUGGUGACCAAGGCUCACAUCAAGCUCAACACCAAGAAACUCUACCAAGCCGAUGGCUAUGCAGUGAAAGAGCUGUUGAAGAUCACCUCCGUGCUCUACAACGCCAUGAAGACCAAAGGAAUGGAGACUAGCAAUGUGGGGGAGGAGGAAACGGGCAAAUUCAAAUUUGACCUCGGAUCAAAAAUUGGAGACUUGAAGACUGCAAGACAACUUGCUUCAGAAAUCACCUCCAAGGGAGCAUCUCUGUAUGAUCUACUGGGCAAGGAAGUGGACCUGAGGGAAAUAAGAACGGAAGCCAUUGCCAGACCUCUGGAGAUAAAUGAGACGGAAAAGGUGAUGAGAGUUGCCAUCAAGGACAUUUUGGAGCAGGUCCAGAAAACAAAAGAAAUGCUGAGCAACGUGGCCUCGGACGAAGCCAGUUUGGAGGCGAAGAUUGAGAAGAGGAAAGCUGAACUUGAGAGGAACCACAAGCGGUUGCAAACACUGCAGAGCGUUCGCCCAGCCUUUAUGGACGAGUAUGAGAAGAUUGAAGAGGAACUUCAGAAACAGUAUAGCUGCUACCUGGAGAAAUUUCGCAACCUGACAUAUCUGGAGCAGCAACUGGAUGACCAGCACCGAAUGGAGCAGGAAAGAUUUGAGGAAGCCGAGAACACCUUGCGUCUGAUGCAGAACAAGCUCAAGGAGGAGGAGAAGCGCUUACUGAAGAGCGGAAGUAACGAGGAUUCAGACAUCGAGAUCCACGAGGACAAAGGCUCUGACAGCGAAAUAGAAGACAGGCAACUGAUAAAGCAGCACACGGCCAUGGAGAUACUGAUGCAAGGGAGACCCAACAGGCGGGUCAUCGGAGCGAUGCAGAGCGGUGACACGGAAGAUGACGUCGGGGCGGCCCACGCCAGUAAACGCAAAGCCUCCAGAGCCAAGGCCAAGGAGGACUCGGAGGACAGCGAAAUUGAUCUGGAUGACGACGACGACGAUGAUGACGACGACGACGACGACUUGGAAGACGACAGUAUCGACAUCUCCCCCAACAAGACCAGUCGGAGGACCAGGAAGCCAGAGCCCCUGGAGGAGAGCGAUAACGACUUCUGAGGGACCCAGCAGGAGGGGAGCAGCAGCAGCAGCCCUGGACAGCUCCUGCUGACCCUUGGACAGGUUAUACCCCGAAGUGAGGCCACUUCCAUAGCAAUGAAAGCAGCACCAAGGACGUAAGCCUGGAGUUUGCAGCUGUUCAAACUCCGUGCUCUGCUCCACUCGGAGUCAAAAUGGCUGGAACAAAAGUCCGAAUCGAGCCAUUUCUUUGAUAUUUAGAACUAGGAGCCUUCUUGCUCCUUGGUGCCAAAGGCUUAAGAAGUAACGUACACACCCAGGUUCAGCACACACCCUUGAAAGUGUGAAUUCCAGCAACAUCCAUGGAUCCACCAUUUGUUUCAAAGGUAUUAGUUCAGGAUAAGUAAACCACUUUAGCUUGGGUUCAUUCCCAUAGUCUAAGGCUGAAUCCUGAGCUAACAAGUACCCUUGACCAGAGGGGAAGGAAUGCCUCUUGUUCCUGCCUAAGGCCAAGCUUCUCAAAUUUGAGGCCCCAGCUGUUGUCAAACUUCAACUCCCAUGGCCUUUGGCUCUCGUGGCUGAGGAUCAUGGGAGUUGGAAGUCCAACAACAUCUGGGGACCAAGGUAUGUUAGAACCACAGCACCACAGAUGGUGCACACGUUCCCAUUGUCAGUUGACCAGCACCGACGGCGAAGGCCAAGAAAUAACCCCUGAUGAUUCCAAUUCUUGCCUUUCUUUUGACCUCUGCUUCACCCCUCCGCCAUCUAAGCAAGCCCAAGAGGAGCGACUUCCAUCUUGGUAUAAAAUAAGCUGUAGGAGAAGUGAUGUUCAUUUCUCACCAAUUUAACCGAGUUGAGUUUUUCAUGGUUUUAACACCGUUUAUUUAAAAGAGCAGCAAGUUUUAUUUGCUUCAGUUUCUCUGAUUCUGAGCCAGUAAGUCUUUUGGCACGGAACAGGUUUAGCUGGAAUCCUUUUUCAGAGGACGAGUGGAAACACAUCCCACCCUCCAACCACCCUCCAGCACCGCCUGUCCACCUGGUCUUGUGCCGAGGCUUCCUCAGUCCUUUUGUGCCUUUGCAAGCUGUGCUGUUUAAUGCAGGUCCACCCUGGACUUGUCUGUUUCACUCCUGCAUAGCACAAAUAAAUGCCUUUCUCCCCA